AUGCAAGUACCCCCAUUCGCGCAAUACCCUCCCGUGCCCCCUCCAUUCGCCUUCGUGCCAAACGGCUACUCGGCUAACGUCCACAACAUCAAUCCCGGUCUUGGCCCCCCGAUUCCGGCCAUCGUGCUGAAGAAAAAGCGUAGACGUCGUAACAAGGAUCGACCGCAGAGCAUGCUGCUGGAGGGGGAAAGCGAUUCCUGCUCCCCGCCAGCCCCAUCCGACCCCAAGGAAUUCAAUCGGGACUCGACGGGGGAUCGGACAACCAUUAAUGAGGAGGACGAGGAUGUGGAAAAUGCCAGCCCGUCCAAGGAAGGCGCGCCACUCGGCGGCUCCUGCCCGGAUCUCUCCCAACAACAAUUGGAGAUGUGGGACGACUUUUUGUACGAAUCCGUGGUGAAUGGCCGAGGGAGAGCCAGCGCCGAGCGGAACAUGAUCUCGCAUAUGCAGCGCUCGGGUUGUCACAAUCCAGCUUACGAAACGCUACCGAAGGCCCUGCAGAAUGUGAUGGAAGAGGAGUACUACGGCACCGCCAACUCCAAUAUACGCAAACUGGAGAAGGAGAUUAAUGGGAACAGCAUGACGGCGUCGAUGAUUUUGCAGAGUUUAAAGGACAAAUUCGCGCGUAGCAUCGACGCACCGGGGAGUACCCAGAAGAGUUUGGCCAGCGAGCUGGAGGAGCUGACGUUUAGGCCCGAGAUCUCGAAGUAUGGGUACCCCCAAUUUGACUCGGAUCGACAUCACGUGACCUCAUUUCAUCCGGACGGCUUCAGCUCGACGAUGGAAUCGACAAAAAUCCGUAUCCCGCUUGUCGAAGAUUCACUAGAAGGCAUGCGGAUCCGGGUGAACGCCUUCGAGGAUGAUGACGACCCGACGCUGUCCGAGUCGGAGUGCCCCGAGCCGUCUCGAUUCCAGAAGCUGCAAUGGGUCAUCCAGCAGAAGAAGCACCAACAGAUGGGGAAUACCGGACCCCCGGAGCGAGUUUGUUGCUCUGUCAUG